AUGUCUGUGAACACUAGAGAACAGUCAUUAGAAAAUUUAUUGAAUUCACAACCAUCUCAUUUAGAAGAGCAAUUAAUAAAAAGUGAAGAGGCAAGUAAUAAACGCGAUUCUCGUGCACGUCUUAUAGCCCAAGAAAACAAAGCCGAGUCUAACAAAAAGAUUCUUCGAAAACAGAAUGAAAAACUUGAAGAGAUAAAAAAUGACUUAGAAAUUUUAGCCAAUGCUGAAGCAACUAAACAAGUAGAACAAUCGCCUGAAGAGAAGGCUAUGCAAAAACAAGUUGAACGAAACACUAAAAUGAAAGAAGUUCAAACAUACCACCAGAAUAGGAAACAAGAAGAUGCAAACGAAAAAGAGGCAGACGCCUAUUGCCUUUCUCUGCUACCUGAGAAAACUAGAGAUGCAGAGAGAAAAAGACGGGAAGAACUACGACAAGAACAAAUAAACUAUCUGAAUUAUGUGAAUCAAAUUAAAAAAGAUGAAAUCUGCGAAGAUAAAUACCAUGAUAAAAUAUGCAUGGAUAUAAUGAAUCAGAAACGACAACUACUUCUUAAAGAAAAAGAAAAACAAAAUCAACUAAAACAGAAACAAAUCAAAGAGAUAAUUGAAAUGCAAAAAGCUGCUAUAGCAGAACGCAUAAACAAGGAGAAAGCGGAAUACUUGUCAAAAAUUCAGGCAGGUAAAGAAUUAGCAGAGAAACAAAAACAAUACGAGGAGCAAAUUCGUCAAGAAGAAGCUAAACAACGUGAUAAAGCCAUUAAAUAUUCAAAUGAACUACUUGAUCAAAUAAAAACGACACAAAUACAACGUAAUGAAGAAGCGAAUCAAAUCUUGGAAGAGGAGAAAAAAUUAUUAAGAGAAGCUCAAGAGAAUUAUCAAGAACGGUUAAACAAUCUUAUAAAAAGCAGUUCAUUCUAUCAGAAAUUACAUCCAUUAAGAAAAGCUAUGGGUGAUUCACUAUUGAAUUAG